AUGAUAGAUGGGAGGACCAUAAGUGAACCGAAAGAAGUCAAAGAAGGUAUCAUGAAGGUAUUCAAGGAAAUAUUUGAAGAACCAAUGAAGAAAAGACCAACGAUGGAUAAGAGAGGCUUUAGAAGAUUAACAGAGCCACAAGCAAAGAAAUUGAUAAGUGAAUUUUCAAAACCGCUUGUAAUGAAGAUCGUAAAACAGUUUCAUAAUCGGCCAAGCAUUCCAAUUGGAUGCAACGCAUCCUUCAUCGCUUUGAUUCCAAAGUUACUUGCUAGAAGGGUUAAACCGGUCAUUCCGGGAUUGGUGAGUAAUAUUCAAACCGGGUUUUAUAGAAGGCAAUGGAAAGAAGACGAGAUUUUGGAAUGGAUCCGAAAACUGAGGAACGCACAGGAGCAGCAACAAUAUGACGAGCUAGAAAGAUUUCUAAGGGAUCAGAAGACUUUAGACAAAGACGACGUCUGGAAAUGGAAACCGAGACAAAACGAGAUUAUCUCAGUCGCUUUACUAAGAGAUGAGAUUACAAAAAGAUCUUUGGACGCUAAUGAUGUACCAUGGAAACAUUGGAACAAGUGGGUGCCGCCAAAAGUUAAUCUUUUUACUUGGAGAGCAACAAAAAGACGUAUUGCGGUUAAGGUGGAACUGGCUAAAAGGGGAGUACAAAUGGAAGAUCAGAUUUGCUCAAGAUGUAAUAAAGAAGAGGAGACGGUUAAUUUAUUAGAUAAGGCAGUAGAAAUGUGUUUUAUAAAUAACAAAGAUGUGUUUUCAGUCAAACGGAGAAAAAGUGAGAGAAUAAAAGGAAAAUGGCUUUCAAGGGUACCCGGAAACCCACCGGACAAGCCAAUAAUACUGGAUGAAUCGGACACAGAAGAAGGAUCACCUUUACAGGUUGAGCGUGUUAAAAAACAUAAAGAAACAAUAGACAACAAAGUAUCGUCCACACAACAACCGCCUGCCGGUACCCUUCUGUCUGACAUUGCACAUCUCUUUCCGAACGUAAUGGAUAAAGAUGUCGUAUUACAGUCGGAACCAAACGAAAAAAGUGAAAUUCCCAUAUCCGCCACAAACAAAAAGGGAAACGAAACCGGUAAGAAGAGGAAGCACAAAGAGGCUGGAAUCAUACCGGAAGAAAAGAAAGCUGCGACUGUACAAACGGUUAAGCCGAUUAAAGAAGCAGCACACGGUACGACAAUAGACGAUUCUGAUGAUGAUUUUGACAACCCACCUUGGAAAAAAACAAGGUCAGGUGCGGGUCAAAAAGUAGUUGAAAAAACACAACAACCCGCAUAUGCUACAUCAAUCAAAGACUCUAAAACACACAAGAAGCGACAACCGGUAAAGAAUUACAUACCACUUGCUGAUGGGAAACUAACUAUGCGAUUGGCUCUUAAACACAUGGGGGAGUUAAUGGAAUCUUUGAACGAAAAUCAACGGGGGGCUGUCCGAAACAUAGGUUUCGGGUCAAUACUUAGCUUUCGAAUGGGUCCGAUUCCCUCAACUCUGAGUUGGUGGUUGGUAAAUAAUUACGACACUAAAACACGGGUCUUGAAUUGCGGUAGCCACCACAUUCAAAUAACAGAGGAAUUGGUGCACGAUGUGUUCGGAGUACCGAGAGGGAACGAAGAAAUAAAGGAAGUAGCGAGGGCAAGGGCUGAUUUCCACGAGGUUGUGGCAGAAUGGAAAGCACAAUUCGAAAGUGAUCCUGCACGCUUGACGCCUGUUCAGUUCAAAACAUACAUGCAGGGGCAACAAGCGAGCGGACGGAUCUUUGUGUUGAACUUUUUGUUGUUCUACAACACACUUCUGGGAGAGACAACUACGAAUUCAUCAAUUAAUAUGAAGUUUUUACCAGCAUUGCAUCGAGGGAAGGAUAUCAAAAGUUUUAACUGGUGUGAGUACAUGAUCAGGUGUCUGGAUCGAACGGUGGAAGCAUGGACACCAAAGGAGCCCUUCCUUGGACCAAUGCCAUUGCUAGUGGCUGCGUUGAUACGUGACCAGAAGAUAUACAAAGAAGGUGAACAAAGAGCAGCGCAUCUCAUCGAAGAUAUCAAUGAUGACGAUAUCGAGGCAGUGAGCAUAAAGUUGGACUCGGUCAGAUUAGAUCAAAUCUUAGUGGAAGAGUACGAGUUGCAACCGGAACAAAGGUAUCCGUUUGCAAAAAAGAGUGAUGAUGACAUCGAAGCAGAAGUAGUGAAAACAAAGAAAAAAGAUGAACCGAAGGCUGAAAAACACAUUACCAAGUGUGUUCCGGAAAAAAAGAAAAAAACAUUCGUAAAGCCGGCCGGUAAAGCACAUGGUAAACCUCCGGUCUCACCGUCACCGAAAAAAAAACAGACUGAAAAGAAGCUGCCGAAAGCCGGAGAGGCUGGGAAGAAGAAAACUUUAAAUGAAAGUGGUCCGGAAAAUGCGCGUGUUGUAGAAGAAAUACCGGUUAAUGCGGGUUUCCAAGCCGAUUUCGCAGAUUGCAUGAAUGAAGAAGCUGGCCAGGAACGAGUGCCUAUUAUAGAUACAUCCGAUAUAGAAAGAUACUACCGAGAAACCGGCGAGUGGGGACAAACACAACAAAGUCAGCCGGGAAUUAGCUCAUCUAUGGCAUCUCAAUAUGGAUCGACACCAGCGACACAAAGCGACGAGGUACAUGCGGGAAUGUUGGAGGUUUUCUUGAAUCAAUUCGACGAAUGUGUAAAAAGGAUAACCGACACUUUUACAGAAGGUUUCCAAUUGUACCCCCAAAGUGAAAAAAUCAAAGAAGUACACAAAUUGUGGACAGAUAAGUUGAAAAAGGUCGGAUCAACGUGUACGACAACCGAACAACCACAAACUCCUGAUGAUAAAACACCGGAAAAAGAGGCAAAUAAGGAGAAUUUGGAUAUGUCACAGUUGUCGCAGUGGACACCUUCAUUGGCCGAAGAGGUAUGCAAGACGGUUGACAAGACAACCACGCAGACGACUCAGCUUGCAGUAAUUGAGCCGCCCGCACAGAAGACUCAGGUUGAAGAAAUGGAGAAGACCGCACUCGCCGUCACACCAAUCUCCCAGAAAACACAGGAAGAGUACGAAUAUACAAUUAGACGUGGGCGGCUAAUACACGAUAUGGACCUUGGAAAGCCGAAAAUAAGACCGGAAAGACAAACAGAGUUGACCGAUGCUCUAAGGUCACCUUACGUGAAGCGGGCAGUGUCGAUUAAGGCAAAGCUUGAAAACGCUGAGCUCUCCGUCAGCUCAUACAUGUUUUCAGCCUGGGGUUCAAUGUGGGAUGUUGUCUUCAGAACUAAGAAAGGAGUGCCGGUGAUGAGAUCUCCGCUCGAAUCAUUAUUGCCGGGAAUCGAGGUGCACAUAUUGGUAAUAAGCGCGUGGGCGGAUUUGUUGAAUUACGAAGAAAAAUUCAAGCUAAAGGGAAGCAUCGCACGCCUGUUCUGUUCAGUCAAUAUGUUGAAUGAAGACGACUACAUUAAAAAUGCAAAAUCAAGAGCAAAAACGUUCGGAGACAACAUGGAACCGGUUUUAGUUUCAGCUGAUGUCAAAAAGAUACCUGAACAUGCCCUCAUCUUUGUACCAGUCUUACACGAAGCUCAUUUCUAUUGUGUAUGCUUUAAUUUAAAGGACAUGAAGGUAGAAGUUUUGGACAACAGCGCUAAGGAUGUCUCAAUGCAAGCGAAAUACAAAAAAAGGCCGGAAAAAUUGCGUGAUGCUUUAUCGGUGUACUUGGAAAAAAAUGGGCAUCCGGCGGGCGGGGUGAUCGAUAAGGUUGAGCCGGUACGAUUGGAAAUGCCAUGGCGUACAAAAAAUAAUGUAAUCGAUUGUGGCGUCUUCCUGAUGCGCCAUAUGGAAACAUACAAGGGCGUAUCUGGAAAAGGUUGGGAAUGCGGAUUCUCAAAUGAGUGCACUGAUGCGGGUGAGAUUUCAUACAAGCAGAGCAAAGAGAUUGAUGAUCUCCGGCGUAAGUACAUUACGAAGAUGCUCCUAAGUGAAGGAAACGAGUACAGAGGUUUUGUUAAAGCCGAGGUUGCUAAAUAUAACAAGUUGUCGGCGGAUGAAAAAAAGAGGCUAGAAUCAAAAGCCUAUGACACAAUCCUUGCAAGAUUGGAUAACUAGCUUAAAAUGACAUGUUCUCGAAAAAAAACUUUGUUAGCGGUAGUUUGUUGACGUAUUGUGCACUGAUUUUCUUAAA